GUGAUUUUGCGGUCUUAAUCGAAUCCGGUCUUUCUAUUCCUCGAGCGAUGUUCUUGAAUUUUCUUUCAUCUCUAACCGCUUAUGCGGGAUUAUUUGUUGGUUUAGCGGCAAUUAGUGUGGACAGUGCUGUGGAAAUAUUGCUUGCCAUAACGGCCGGAAUGUUUCUGUACGUUGCUUGGCUCGAUAUGUUGGUACAUUUGAAAAAAGAAUCCGCGUCGACGAAUGAUAAAUGGUAUAUUACACUGUCGCUUCAAAAUAUCGGCUUUAUCACGGGAUUCUUAAUUAUGUUCGCAAUUGGGUGGUAUGAAGAAGCUCUCGGAUCACUUUAG